AUGGGAGAAAGCGCUGUUCUCGAGUAUUACGCUAACAUGCUUCGCGCUCGCUCACGAACCCCUCGCCCAACGAACCCUGGUGAUGCUGAGAUAGCACCAGCUGCUCACGUUGUCCGAGAGACGUACGGCGCACUGAUAGUAGGCACAGAUGAACCAACUGGUACUUCUGCAACCCUUGUUCCAAGCACCGCUGGCCCUCCAGUGAUCGCCACUGUGCCCGAAACCAGCGCUGGUUCACCAGCAACUCCUGAGCGUGGUCGACAUACUUCGCGCUCAGCGCGACGUUCACUGGCAACAACGGAAAGCCCCAUGGCAUCCACACCACCACCGCGGCCAGUCUUGAUCGCGACAUCUCCUCACGUUAGCAGUGGUAGCACAGGAUCAAUCGAUGAACACUCCGGAUCCGACGUAGAAGCUCCAACCGACGACGCCUCCGCCGAAUCCGCUGAAGAAGGCAGUGAAUACGAGCCGGAUUCUAACGAAGGAGGAGACUGUAGCCAGGAAGCUUUCAGCAACGAGUUGCUAGACGACAAUGAUGACACUCUCAAUGACAUUGGUGACGGAGAUGAAGCAACCGCGUACGGGGCAAUGGACUCCGGUGAUGAUGCGGAAAAAGAUGACUUGGAUGACGGAGAGGACAGUGAUGAGGGCCGCACGGACACUUUCGCAAUCGACGACGGACCUGAACCUGAACCUACCGAGCCUGAUUUUGCUGCCGAAGAGCUUUUUGCUGAGCGCUUUUUGGAUAGUUGUGGCGGUGAAGAUCAAGUUCUGGCUGAACCGGACACCUUCGAGUACCUGACGAGUCUAUAUCAGCCCGUGAACAACACGCAGAGUUACCCUGGGUUACGGAAAGGGUACUCAGCUCCUACUGGAGAAGCCCUACGCAAUGCAGACUCACCGCUAGCACUCUUCUUUUUCUUUAUGCCAGUGGCGUUAUGGCAGCACAUUGCCGUGUGUUCCAACGACUAUGGACGUGAAAUGGCUCCGCUGCGUUUGGAUGAACCGUACAAGCAAUAUUGCAGCAAACAGCGGCUCAAUCCGGACCUCCCGAAGAAGACAAAGCGUGAGAUUCGGACAGAGAUGGAAGGAUCGUAG